AUGUCUCGUAACACAGCUGUGGCAGAUUUGAAUAACCGUAGCCACCCACAAGCACCAGAGGCGAUACUCGUUGAAAUGAGCCCAGUCACAACGCUUGGUCAAGAAAAUGGUGAAGUCGGUUGCAACAGCAGGCUAAAGCUUGGCGGUCACGCUAGGGUCAUCCAUCUUGCGCAAUCAAAGGCAUUCAAGUAUCUUACUUUGCCAUGCGGCGGCCAGCUGAGUUUUUUUGAUGCAUUAGGAGAGAAAUGUCGCAAGGUCCAGACUGUCGGUAUCCAGUCGAGGAGAUGGGGUCUCGACUUGUUUACUUUCAAGAAACUGCUCUCGGUAUAUAGUGGGAGCUUUGCCAAUUGA